UGGAGGAGAGGAGGAGGGUGGACUGUAACAUUGAAUCAGUUACAGGUCGCUGUAGCUGGAGUGCAGUUGCGAGGGCGGUCGUGGAUGUGGACAGAGGGUCGCGCAUUUGCUCGCACAGCGCAGGACCUCUGAGGAUUACAGCCGCUGCAAAAGACCCUCACUGCGCCUUUUGGAGAGACCAAUUCACUGUGGAUAUACUGACACGAAGGGAAUAUAAAGAGGGGAUUAUUCAAAGGUGAGAACAUCCAUAAUCAUGGAUGGGGUGAAGAUGUAUGUCAUCUUUGGAGGUGUUCUGGUGCUGUUGGUUACAGCUACCAGUGGACUCUCCCCACCAAAGAUUGAGUCAGAAGAAGACGAGUUCAUCCUUCAGCCCAACUCCACGUUCAACAUAAGCUGCACCGGUAAAAGAAACGUGGUUUGGGCCGAACCCCUGCCGGAAAACACCUUUGUUUAUCCUGGAUACUACACAGCAACGCUCUUCAUUUACAACGUCACGGUUGAAAACACCGGCUAUUACAUGUGUGUGUAUGAAAACCUGGACGGUGAACUGGAGACUGAGUCAGAAGAGGACACCGAGGCAGGAAUAUAUGUCUUUGCGCCAGAUCCCCUGGUUCCAUUUGUUCCCGAGUCCACAAGUAACUUGGUUGUCCCUGUGGGCUCGGCUGGAGUCCACAUCUCCUGCCUUGUGUCCGACCCUCACUCUGAUGUCAUCCUGAGGAGCCUCCUCACGGGAGAAGAGAUGCCCGCAUUCUACGACAACAAGAUAGGCUUUUUUGGGAAUCUGUCUCCUGGACUGUACCAGUGUGAAACUACUGUGAACGGCCGGACAGUUGGAAGUGCAGUUUAUACUGUGAACGAUGAGACCCCUGAAGAGAUGGAUGAUUUCAAUGUGGAAGUAAAAGCCAGUGAGGAAACUGUGAGAGCUGGGCAACCUUUCAACAUCACCUGCAUGGCUCCUACUGGGCUGGGUUUUCAGCAGCAGUGGCUCCAUCCUAAAAAACAGGCUGUGGACGCAGUUCAGAUGAAACAGACCUUUCCCGAUCGGGUCAUCUACACCCUCAGUGUCCCACACGCCACCUCUCAGGACAGCGGCACCUACGAGUGCUCAAUCACUCAUGAAAUCAGCGGAAAAGUCAGAGUCAGCAGCGUGACCGUCGCUGUGUUUGACGAGAAUUCCUUUGUGGCACUGGACCACAGUGGGAUUCUAGCCAUGGAGCUUGUCAGCCUUUUGGAGGAGACUGAGUUCACUAUUCUCAUCAGUGCUUACCCUCCCCCGAAAGUGAUGUGGCUGAAAGACGGCAAAGACUUAUCAGCAAACUACUACACCCUCACUAAAACCAGCCACGUUGAAGGAAAUAGGUAUCAAAGCAUUCUGAUAUUACGGCAGCCUCUAGAGAAAGACAGUGGGAAUUACACCAUCACAGCUCAAAGUGGCACCCGCACCGCUCACUUCUCAUUUAACCUCAAAGUGAAAGCCCCCACCUCCAUACUAUUCCCACCAUCCUCAGCCCCGGUGCUGCUGCCACCGACUGAUGAGAUGGUCGUGACCCUCCACACUCCUUUCACCUUGACCUGCAGAGGAGAGGCCCCACUGGUGUGGGAGACGCCGCUCGAGGUGUUCGAGCAAACACAGGAGGACAACAGUGGUCUGUUUGUGUCCACCAUCACUGUGGAUAGUGCAACUGCAAUGCACACAGGCUAUUACUCAUGCUUCUACAGCAAAAAUGCCACAGGCGAGCUUGAGGACAGCAGCAUUUACAUCUAUGUGCCAGAUCCAGAUGUUGCCUUUGUGCCAUGGCUGGGGGCUUUCAGUAACCAUGUCCUGUCUGACCACGAGGAGAUGGAGAUCCAGUGUCGAGUGUCUGAUCCUAGUGCUAAUGUGACCUUGAUUAACGUUGACACCCAGCAACCUGUGCCAAGUGUUUAUGACAGCAAGAGGGGUGCAUUGGGGAUAUUCACGGCUGGAACUUAUAUUUGUAAGGCCCUCAUAAACGGAGAAGAACACUACAGUGGGGAAUACAUUGUCCACGGCUGGACAGGUGAGUUACAUGUUGAGCUGACAGCCAAGCGCACUGCUCUGCUGGUGGGAGAGUCCAUCACUGUCACCUGUGUAGCUCGGGGAUCAGAAAUUCUUGAAGAUCACUGGAAAUUCCCUGGCAAACUGGCUAAUCGUGGUGUCAAAACUGUGCAUGAAAAUAAGAGGACUCAAGAGAUCCUUUACACCCUGACAAUACCGCAAGCUACAACCAAAGACAGCGGCAUCUACUCAUGCUCCAUCACUGAUAUUAUUAGUAAUGACAGCCAGACAAAGGAACAAGCGAUUAAAGUUUUUGCAAGUGAGUUUACGGCCGUCCGGCCACAGUUUGGAGAAUAUGAAUCAGCAGAAUUGGAUGAAGUCAGAGAGUUCAGGGCAGAAAUCACUUCCUUCCCCACUGCCCGUGUCACAUGGUUCAAAAAUGGAAUCCCACUCAGCAAUGUGACAGCGGAGAUCUCCACCAGCCUCCGGCAACUCAGUGAGACCAGCUACAUAAGUGUCCUCACACUAAUCCGUGCCAAAGAGGAGGACAGUGGAAACUACACUAUGCGAGUGGAGAACGGAAACCAAAGGCAGGACGUUGGCUUAAUUCUGGAAGUCAAAGUGCCUGCAGUCAUUGUGGAACUAAUGGACAUCCACCAUGGCUCAGCCACAGGCCAGUCUGCGGUGUGUGUUACUCGGGGUCAGCCCACUCCUGUGGUUGAAUGGUUCGUCUGCAAGAACAUUAAACAUUGUGCCAAUGACUCGUCCUUGUGGGCCCCCCUCGCCACCAACUCCACAAAGAUCACAGUGGACUCCCACCUCGAUGAGGAUAACAACCUGGAGAGCCAGGUCAUGUUUGGUCAUCUGGAAAACACUCUUGCGGUGCGCUGCCUGGCCAAGAACGAAAUGGCUGCCGUCAGCAGGGAGAUCAAACUGGUGUCCAAUGGCCCUCACCCAGAGCUGACUGUAGCUGCUGCUGUGCUGGUGCUCCUGGUCAUUGUCAUCAUCUCACUCAUUGUCUUGGUUGUUAUCUGGAAACAGAAACCACGAUAUGAGAUCCGCUGGCGCGUGAUAGAGUCUGUGAGCCCUGAUGGCCAUGAAUACAUCUAUGUGGAUCCUAUGCAACUUCCCUACGACUCUAGAUGGGAGUUCCCCCGUGACAGACUUGUGCUAGGUCGUAUCCUGGGCUCUGGAGCCUUUGGGAAGGUAGUAGAGGGCACCGCCUAUGGACUCAGCCGCUCCCAGCCGGUCAUGAAGGUGGCAGUGAAGAUGUUGAAACCCACAGCACGCUCCAGCGAGAAACAAGCCCUGAUGUCUGAGCUGAAGAUCAUGACUCAUCUUGGACCUCACCUCAACAUUGUUAACCUCCUGGGCGCAUGCACCAAGUCAGGCCCUAUCAACAUUAUCACAGAGUACUGCUUCUACGGGGACCUGGUUAACUACCUGCACAAAAACCGGGAGAACUUCCUGAGCCUCAGCCCAGAGAAAAAUAAAAAAGAGCUGGAUAUCUUUGGGAUCAACCCUGCAGACGAGAGCAGCAGGAGCAGUUACGUGAUCCUGUCCUUCGAAAGCAAAGCAGACUACAUGGAUAUGAAGCAGGCUGACAACACUCAGUACGUGCCCAUGCUCGAGAUGAGCAAUGCCUCCAAAUACUCAGACAUCCAGACAUCCAGCUAUGACCACCCACCUUCCCAGAAAGGAUCGAGUGAGGGUGAGCUGGACAACCUGUUGUCGGACGAUAUGAACGAGGGCCUCAGCACCACCGAUCUGCUCAGCUUUACCUACCAAGUGGCCAAAGGCAUGGAGUUCCUGGCUUCCAAAAAUUGUGUGCAUCGGGACCUCGCUGCCAGGAAUGUCCUCCUCUCUCAGGGCAAGAUCGUGAAGAUCUGUGACUUUGGACUGGCCAGAGACAUUAUGCAUGACAACAACUAUGUCUCCAAAGGAAGCACUUUUCUGCCAGUGAAGUGGAUGGCCCCAGAAAGUAUUUUUGACAACCUCUACACGACUCUCAGCGACGUUUGGUCCUACGGCAUCCUCCUCUGGGAGAUAUUCUCACUAGGUGGCACCCCAUACCCAGGGAUGGUUGUGGAUUCCAGCUUUUACAAUAAAAUCAAGAGUGGUUUCAGGAUGUCCAAGCCCGAACAUGCGCCUCUUGACGUUUAUGAAAUGAUGAUGAAGUGCUGGAACAGUGAGCCAGAGAAGAGGCCCUCUUUCUUGGGUUUGAGUGAUACUGUUGCGUCCUUGCUGCCCUCCAGCUACAAGAGGCAUUACGAGAGGGUAAACCACGAGUUCCUGAAGAGCGAUCACCCCGCUGUGACUCGGGUGUGCCUGGAAAAUGACGACGCCUACAUUGGCAUCACUUACAAGAACCCGGGCAAGAUGAAGGACAGGGAGAGCGGCUUCGAUGAGCAGCGGCUGAGCUCAGACAGUGGCUACAUUAUUCCUCUACCUGACCUCGACCCUAUAUCUGACGAUGAAUAUGGAAAGAGGAACAGACACAGCUCUCAGACAUCUGAGGAGAGCGCCAUUGAGACAGGCUCCAGCACCUCCACUUUUGCUAAGCGAGAGGGUGAGACCUUGGAGGACAUCACGCUGCUGGACGAGAUGUGUCUGGACUGUAGUGACCUGGUAGAAGACAGCUUUCUGUGACAACUGCUCCAGUCUGCAGGGAGGGAGCAGCAAGGCAAAGGGAUGUAAGGACACAAGGAACAAAAGAAAGACUUGUAAAUCCACCAAAGACUCUGCCUUGGGCCCUGCCAUUCCUUCUCCUCGGUUGCCCUUUCAGAGGACAGAAUACAAACACAAAACCAUCUGGAUGAGUCUGUGAUGAUAGUCCUGACUGCCCUUUACUUCUCCCUGGACAUUGCCCCUUCUGGGUUGGAGGAGCGAGUGAGCGUUGACAAACUCAUGACAUCAAGAACUCAAAAGAACCAUAGCUGCUGAGCCUGUGAGCUGUACGUUUCUAGAUAAAGCAGAUAAAAAAGACUGUCCUUUUGAUUUGCAGGGCAUUUUUUAACAGCAAAAUAAGCAAGAAGGGACAAAUCAAAUGUGUCUGUCAACAACUCUAAAUGAACAAACACCACGCGAUAUCAUUCACACGAUAUAUAUUUAACCACUACAGAUGCACUAUUUAAACUAGAUGAGUCCAAUACUAGCAACAGCGUUGGCAGGUAAACUCACCCCACACUUACCUGCUGCAAGAGGAGCACCUGAUGCUGGUACAAUCAGUAGCAAUACUUGGAUUUAAAAGCACAACAAUCUGAACUAUGUGCAUUUUUUUUGUUUAUGACCAAAUACUGUUUUCAGUGGGUAAAUAGUUGCAGUAUUUCAAAUUUAUUUUUUUACUUCAUUAUGAUGUAAACAUGUAUUAUUUGUGAAUACUGAGUAGAUGUUGACCGUAGCUGUUGGAAUGGUUAUGAAAAUAGAGCCUUUAAAUUGCAUGUAUCUUUGCAGUGUCUCUCAACUUUUACCCAAAUCCAAUCCAGUGUUCACUCUGUACAAGUCGUAUUUGUCAUAUGGGCUUUGAUAAACAAAGGGAAUGAAUGAUUGUAUUGUAAAUAGCUCCAGAGUUGUUUUAUAAGAGAGAAUUAUUGGGAUAACACAAGUAUGUAUUAUACUGUAUAAGCACGUAAUAAGCUUCUGGAACCUUAUUUGCCCUGAUGAAGCCAAUGUUUUUAAUGAAUACAUUAUAACAAAGAUAAUGUAACAAACUUUAACUCACUUUCAGACAGUAUUUUUGGAUUAGAAAUAUUCAUAUUUAGUCAUGUAUGCAACACAAGGAGUCACUAGUAUAGUCAGAUUAACCAUGACAAAUAUCUGUAACAUAAGAAAAACUCAGUUCAUGUAAGGAAACAUGAUAGUAUGACCCAAUACUUAUUAAGAAUCUGUAAUCGUAGUCCUUGGAACACACUGCUCUGCAGACUGCAGAUGAUUCCUCACACCUGACUCAAAUGAAUGGUCGUUUGAAUCAGGUGUGUUGGAGCAAGGAACCAUGUAAAACAAGCAGGGCAGUGUGUCCCCAGCACCAGGACAGAGAAACACUGCUUUACCACCAGGUGUUGUCCUCCUGUCUCCUUAUGUUGUAUAUUAGCAGGUUCUAGUUAUGCAAAGACACAAGAUGAACUAGAGAUUCAUGUUGAGCUGAUGUCAUACAUCAGUUACCAGUUGACUCUUUGUAAUCCUCUGUUUCUUUCGGCUACUGUACCCAGCUAUGCCACUGCCUCCCUUUGUUGACUGUGAUAUAAUCUGCAAUUGUUCUUGCACUUUUCCUUUUUCUGUAUCCUUCUGUUUGGUUUUUGGAUGUUGCAGACAAGUUAACCGGGCUGAAAAACAAAGAGAAAAGUCUGGUUUCGGCUUUAUAUGUUUAAAGCAGCGUGGAUGUGAAUGUUUGUGCUGCAGGUGACCGAUGUUUUGUUUUUUAUGGUGCAGUUUCUGUAAUUAUACCCAAUAUGAUUCAGUACUAUGUUUCAUUAUUUUACAUUCAUGUACAUUCAGAUGAUUUAUAUUUCAAUAAAUGAUUUAUAAUGUUACAAAAGUGUGCUGUAUUAAAGUCUUGCACAAGUAAACCUA